CUGUCGACCAUACUGACUGAUUUCGAUCGCCCCGAACCGCUCUCCCACAAGAGCCCUGCAUUUCCUAUUCUUCCUUCUUGGUUACUCGCCUCCUUUUUCGUCUUCGUUGCGGUCUCCCUCUUUCUCUCCACCCCCCUCUCUCUCUAUCGAACAUAAUUAUCGUUAAUCACGGCGAAACAAAACCGGCGUGGUUACCAUCUGAGGUCAAGAUGUUGCCCUCAGUAGCACCGUUCCCCCCCGUUCAACCGCAUCACCACCUCAAUUAUCGUCUUGGUACCGACACGACCCACGGACCUUACGACUCAAACACCUCGUUUUUCACAUCACUCCCUCGCAGCGACCAGAGCAAAUCCUCGUUCCAUUUGACAGCUCGAUCCCGACUGCAAUACCCCCAUCCCAUACAGCGUCUCGAGGUACACGAUGCCACAGGCCCGGUGCCCAGUUCGAAGAGUGCUGGCGAACACGCAUUACGGAGGAAAACGCCGAGUGGAACGUUGGCUGCUGGGUAUGAUGGCACCCCAGGGGAUAUCACCAUCCAACCCCCGGCGAGCAAGCAUAUCUUAGUCUCACCUAUCGAAUCGGGCCACUUGUUACCACCCCAUACUGGUUUUCCAAUGGAGACAUGGCAACAAGUUGGCCUGGACCAGGCUUCAGCCGGGAAGCACCUGAAUUUCCCGCCCGUAUAUCGAAACGACUCGAGCCGAGCUAAUGCAGCCCCGACUGAGAUGGCUCAAGGGAUGAAUGGGACUAGUUGGGUUCGCUCACUGAACUACGUGCCGGGGAUGGACUCCAUGUUGAACCAAUCGCUGCCGAUGCAGCCAUCCCAGCAGCGUUUCUACUGGCAUAAUGGCGCCUAUGUCCCUACGGUUCUUCCAGCGACCCUUCAACCAUGUGUCGGCCCCACAGCACCGGCAGGGACAGGGCCAUACGGUCCGUAUUGGCCGGAUGGGGUGUAUAUCCCGUAUCGCCCAGCGGCAUUUCGCGAUGCUCGAUUUAACUCACCCACCCCGUUUGCGAAAGCAACCAACCCACCUGCGCUCCACUUCUUCGAUGCAGGGCAGCAGCCCUUCAGUCGGGGUGCUAUAUCCUCCGGCAGCCACCCGGAUCCGAGUCUGACCUGGAACCCGGGCCCUGUUGGAAUGCUCACUUCCGAUGUGCCAAUGAAGAAUAAUUUUCCUCGACGCCAUUCGGACCAAAAGCCCGUUGAUCUGUCGAUGGGCCAUCGAAUACUGCCGUAUCACACGCGCCAGCCUAAUCCAAGCUCGGGCUUUUCAUCUCGUCCACAGGUCGCUGACAGCGGUCCAUCCUGGUCCGGCCCGGCAAGCGCCCAAGGGGUCCAGCCAGGCUCUACAGCAACCCCACCGGCAACGAACGCAGAAUUCAAGGAGAAGGUGUUGACGUGGGCCCAUGGUGUCUACGUCGAUCUCCUUGCAUCUAUUCACCAGGCACGGCGAAACAGUAUCUCGAAUGCGGCUGCUGAGGGGCAAAGUCAACGGAUUUUGAAGCCAAGCAUUUAUCCGAAACCGCCUCGCCAGCCUGGUCUUGAUUUUUCUAACACCAAUACUGUGGAACCCAGCCGUCACAACAGCUACCCGUCGGGCCAGUUUGACCAGAGGGCCAAUGCUAUCAGCAACCCAGGCCAGAAUGACGCUUCCAACUUCCAGGCCGGUGGCCGCCGCUAUGAGCGUCCUUCGUUGGCUCAGAUCCCGCAAGCUGCGUCUGACACCCAGAUGCUGGACAGACUCCGCCAUACUGGACGAUUGACUGCUUCAACAGCGACGUCUCGCUUUGGUGCCGCACCGUUAAAUGAGGGUUCCAUCACAGGAAACGCUAUAUCGUCCUUGGAAAUGUUAUCACAUCUUUGCAUGGAAAGUGGUUGGGAAUGGAUUGAUGGGAUGCUCCUGGGAGGUUGCCUUGCUUACGGCCUUGGUGAUUAUCACAAGGCUAUGCGAUGGUACUCCAGGAUCAUCGCUCGAGAUGCAACGCAUGUGGAGGCGAUCUCCAAUCUUGCGGCCACACUUUUGGCGCUGGAUCGCCGAGAGGACGCCUUGCAACACUGGCUUCGUGCGGUGAAGCUUCGCCCCAGUUUUUUCGAAGCCGUCGAACACCUGAUCGGCCUUCUGUGCAGCAACCAACGCGGCAAGGAAGCAGUCAACAUCAUCGAGUUCGUGCAGAAUUCGCUACGGUACCCCAAAAACGGCGACUGCUUCGCGUCCGAUGAACAUGCGAGUGAGACUGAGAGCGAUGCGGAGAGCCGAGCUUCCAGCACGUCUGAUAUGGGCUCCUAUGAAAAGGCGUCCUUCGAUUACGAUGACGACUUGGGUCGGUCGGUCUCUGCAAACCGCUCCGCGGAUGUUAACUCGAUUGGAUUUGGUUCCAGCGGCUACUCAGUCCCUGGGUGUGAUAACGGCAGAAUGCUGGCCCUUGUUCACGCCAAGGGCAAUAUGCUGUAUGCUCUUGGUGACAAUGUUGCUGCAGCUGCAGCCUUCGAGGACGCCAUCCUGAUUGCAGCGGGAAGACGACGCCACGGAAUCCAAAACCUGAUCCGGCAGAUUUUCUCGGCCUUUACGCAGGGCAACCACCAGGCUUACCCGGGCCCGGGCCAUCGCGGGCCGCAAGAAACGAUUCUCCUGUAUCCGGACCAUGCCCUGCAGACGUCCAAGCUGGUAUUCGCGCCCUGCGGAACGCCCCCGGGCAUCAAGUAUGUGCCAGAAGGUCUGGCAAGGAAGGCAGCCAUCUCCACUACCAGCAAUUCGCUACUGUCGCUGGCCAAGAUCUACCAGGAUGGGAUGUCUAACAUCUCCAGCUCCGGCGUCCCCCGCGCUGCCCCAGGCGUUCGGGACAUUCUGGCCCUCUACUACCUUUCUCUUUCCCUCCAACCGAGUCCGUCGACCGCGAACAAUGUCGGUAUCCUGCUGGCUGGCAUUCAGAACAAUGCCCCGAAGAAGGUCCUCCCUCGUCCCAGCGGCGAUAUGCCACAUCCUGAAAUCCCCGGGGUCGUCCCCGGUACUGGAAUAUCGUUGGCUCUCGCGUACUACAAUUAUGGGCUGCACCUGGACUCUCGGCAUGCUCAUCUCUACACCAACCUCGGGAGCCUCCUGAAGGAUAUUGGCCAGCUGCAAGCGGCGAUUCGAAUGUAUGAGCAGGCCGUUCAUUGUGACGGGAACUUUGACAUUGCCCUGGCCAACCUGGCGAACGCAGUCAAGGAUGCUGGUCGCGUCAACGAUGCGAUCGGAUACUACAAGCGUGCUGUUAAGGUGAAUCCGGAAUUCGCCGAGGCAGUGUGUGGCCUGGCCAACGCUCUGAAUUCCGUGUGCAACUGGGUCGGCCGCGGUGGCAUUCACCACGGCUAUGGGUUCCAGGACCGGUGGCAUGUAAACGAAAAGGGGAUGAUCCGUGACGCAUACACCAAUGAGACCGGGACUGGUUGGAUCAAGCGGGUGGUUGAGAUCGUCGAUCGGCAACUCAAAGAAGGGGAGGCCUGGGGUCGCGGGCUGUUGACCCCGAAUGUGAUUGAGCAGUUGUGCGCGCAGUUGGUCCCCGCAGCCAGUGCUCACAACCAGGCUACGUUUGGCACUCUGGCCAAUAUCUUGCAGUCAUGGGCGGGCCAGCGGUGGGAGGGCUCUCGGAUUGUCAAGCUCGUGGAGCGUGCCACUCGAUCGAUCACCUGGCAGUGGUACCAGGACCGGUAUGUUUAUGGCAAGGAUUAUCCCCUGUCCAAGUAUCGGCGCCCACAGCUUCCAUCUGGCCUGACUGCGCCUAAUGCCCCCACGGUUCUACCUUUCCAUACCUUCACCUGCCCACUCUCCGCCAAGCAGAUCCGCCAGAUCUCGCAGCGAAAUGGGCUUCGGAUCUCCUGUGCAACCCUGCGGUCUCCGUGGCUGCCCGCCACCGUCUUCCCUCCGCCUCCGCCUCCGAACCCGUACCUCAAGGUCGGGUAUGUGUCGUCGGACUUCAACAACCAUCCUCUGGCCCAUCUGAUGCAGUCGGUCUUUGGCCUGCAUAACCCGUCCCGGGUGAAAGCAUACUGCUAUGCCACUACGAUGAGCGACAAGUCGAUCCAUCGGCAGCAGAUCGAGAAGGAGGCCCCAGUGUUCUACGAUGCCAGCGGCUGGCCCGUCGAUCGACUCGUUCGGCAGAUCGUGGAGGAUGGAAUCCAUAUCCUCAUCAAUUUGAAUGGAUACACCCGCGGAGCGCGGAACGAGGUCUUUGCUGCUCGGCCUGCUCCCAUCCACAUGUCCUUCAUGGGGUUUGCAGGAACCCUGGGGGCGGAGUGGUGUGAUUACAUCCUUGCCGAUGAGAUCUCGAUUCCGCCGGAGACGCUCUCGCCCGGAAGACGCAAUGUACGCAUGGAGGACCGACUGCUGGAGGAAGACCACGGCGAGGACCUGGAAAAUUGGGUGUAUGGUGAGAACAUCGUCUAUACUCGCGACACUUUUUUCUGCUGUGAUCAUCGGCAGAGUGCCCCUGAUGCCCAGGAUCCUCAGAUCGCGUGGGAGCAAGAGCAAGCCCGACGGUGGGGCAUGCGAAAGGAAUUGUUUCCCAAUCUCAGCGAUGACACCAUUAUCCUGGGUAACUUCAACCAGUUGUAUAAGAUCGAACCUACGACGUUCCGCACUUGGCUCCGCAUUCUGGCACACAUUCCGAAUGCCAUCCUUUGGCUGCUCCGCUUCCCGGAUCUCGGGGAGCAGAACCUGCGGGAAACCGCCAUUGCCUGGGCUGGGGAAGAGACGGCAUCUCGCAUUAUCUUCACCGACGUGGCACCUAAAAACACGCACAUCUCCCGAGCCAAAAUUCUGGACCUAUUCCUCGACACGCCAGAAUGCAAUGCACACACCACGGCGACGGAUGUGCUGUGGAGCGGUACGCCGCUUUUGACACUGCCUCGAUAUAAGUACAAGAUGUGCUCGCGGAUGGCAAGCAGCAUCCUGAGCAGUGCUCUGCCGAACUCCGAGGCCGGGCGCGAGGCUCGAUCGGACUUGAUCGCGUCGUCGGACGACGACUACGAAAACAAAGCCAUCCGUCUCUGUCUGAGUCUGAAGUAUCAGCCUGGUGGGCAAGGCCGCGCAGGAGGCAAACUGUCAGAACUCCGCCGGAUGCUGUUCCAGGAACGGUGGGCGAGCAAGCUUUUUGAUACGACGCGUUGGGUUCGUGAUCUGGAGGACGCCUACGAUGGAGUUUGGAAACGAUGGGUGAACGGCGAAGAAGGCGAUAUCUGGUUAUGAUGUACGCAUCAGAAUAUACCCCUUGAGCGAGUUUUGUUUCUUUGGUUGGAUACGUUUCUUGAUUCCCGAGUGUAGGUUUACAACCU